AUGGAACCGGAGCAACUGGAGGCUCGAGUUAGACUUCAGAUGAGCAAGUUCAAGGUGAUAAACGUGGACGAUGAUGGGAACGAGCUCGGCUGUGGAGUGAUGGAGCUGACGGAGGCGGAGCUCGUGCUGCACACGCAUCGGCGUGACGACGUGCGGUGGCCGUAUUUGUGUCUGCGUCGCUAUGGAUAUGACUCCAACCUGUUCAGUUUCGAGUCGGGACGUCGCUGCCAGACCGGCCAAGGGAUCUUUGCGUUCAAAUGUGCGCGCGCCGAGGAGAUCUUCAACCUGCUGCAGGAGGUGAUGCACCGGCACCGCAUCAGCGUGGUGGAGGAGGCCGUACUGGAACCCAGUCACCAGGGGGCGCCACACAGCACCACUCCAGCAGCUCAGGGAUACUCUGUGCCCACGGUCCCAAACGGCAUCACCCGGUUGCCCUCUGUGGGUGACGCGUCUCACCCAUCGACGCGACACCCGUCUGUGGCCAGCACCCGCCUCCCGAGUGUGGGAGAGGAGUCCACGCACCCGCUGCUGGUGUCCGACGACCAGGUGCACACGUACGUCAACACCGCAGGCUUCGAGGAUCAGUCCAGUCCAUUCACUGUUGUCACUCCUUUGGAGAGUCCCACCUCCCCCACCUGCCCCCCCACGCCUCCACCUCCUCCGCGGGCCCCUCCUGCCCCUGUACCAGCUUCAGAAGGUCAGGUGCCGGCGGAUGCUCCUCCCACAGAGGGUCAGGUUAUGGCAGAGGCUCUUCCCACAGAGGGUCAGGUGACUGCAGAAGCUCCUCCCCCUGAGGGUCAGGUGACACUGGAGGGUUCUGCGGUGCGCUUUGUCCUGGGACCGACACCUGUGCAGCGCCAACAGAUGGAGAGACAGAAGGACCAAGAGACGGACACACACAAAGACCAAUCAGAGAUCAGUAGUAAGGCUCAGGAGGCGGGCCCUCAGCCCAAUGGCUCUGCCCCUUGUGGGCCUGCCUCUACUGGCACUGUUCCCUGUGGCCCCUCGUCCCGCCGACAGAGACCGCCUCCUCUGACGCCAGACCCCAACGUGAACAACUCAGCGCUGCGGCGGCCAACGCCGGUGCUGCUCUAUGAGAACCUGCCGUCGUUGCCGCCAGUGUGGGAGGGGCGGGCCCCGGUGUGGGAGGCGCGGCCUCCUGUGUGGGAGGUGCGACGCACAGAGGAGGAGCCACCCACGCCGCUGAGCCCCGCCCACAGCACUGUGAACGGCUGCGUGCCGCACAGCGCCCUCUACAGUGCGGUGCCGCUCAGCGCCAUGUCCCACAGUGCGCACUGUUACGUGAACACGGAGAAUGUGACUGCGCCGCUGAGCGCUUGUGUGGCGAUGAGAGCCAAGCGCGCCGCAGACGCUCCGAUUGUCUUUAACUUUGACUUCCCCAGGCGCCCCCUGGAGGAAGAGCUGAACUAUGUAGAGGUAGAGACUGACACAAAUCACAGCCCCUCCACGCCGCGCACCCCCACCUCCCCCGCCACGCCCACACGCCGCACAGAGCUCUACACGCUCAUCGACAUUGAGCGCACCAAUGCCAUGUCGUCUCUGCAGAAAGCCCGGCCCAAAGACGACGGCACGUCACGCAAAACACGGCACAAUAGCACUGAGCUACCGACCAAGACCACGGCCUGA